CAGCCAGGCCAGGCAAGAGCCCCAGCCCAACAGCCCCUUCUCAGAGGCAGACUUCUUUUGCUUCUAGGAAAUAUUUUUCUUCGCCUUAUUUUUUGACCCAAAUCUCACCACUCCCAGAACCCCACCUGCUCUACGAGGCAGGUGUGAAAUGGCCUCAAAAGCCUACAGAGAAAUCCUGCCUCUACCAUUUAACAGCUGGGUGACCUGGGGCAGGCUGUGUUACCUCUCUGAACCCUUACGUCCUCCUCGGCAAGCAACUUGGGAUGACAGUCGAGACAGCUGAAAUGAGUGGUAACAGUUUCUGCCAUGCCUGGCCUGCGACAGGAGUUAAGAGAAUGAAAGGCAAUCCGCUAGAACUCACAACUCAUGAGAAAGGCCUGGGCAGCGGGGUGGGGAGGGGACCAAGGUCCUGAGAACUGACAAGGGCCAAGAGCAGGCCGCCAGAUUCAGAGGCCGAACCCGCGGUCCCUGCCCUAACUCAGCGUUCUGACUGUCCCAGAUGAGGUGCUGUCUACCCAGCAACCCCCCAGGAGGCUACCUCAAGACCAGGGGCCCAGGAAGAAGGGCCCCCAGCCACAGCAGUUGCCACCCACGGACCUGAAGUCUCUGAAGCAGAUCCGGAAGGCAGAGAAAGCUGAGCGGGAGUUCCGGAAGAAGUUCAAGUUUGAGGGGGAGAUUGUGAUUCAGACAAGGAUGAUGAUCGACCCCAACGCCAAGACCCGUCGCGGGGGUGGCAAGCACCUGGCAAUUCGGCGUGGGGAGAUCCUGGAGGUGAUCGAGUUCACCAGCAAGGAGGAAAUGCUGUGCCGGGACACCAAGGGCAAGUAUGGCUACGUGCCCAGAACAGCUCUACUGCCCCUGGAAACAGAGGUGUAUGAUGACGUCGGUUCCUGGGAUCCUGUGGAUAACCAACCAUUCCCCGGGGGACGAUAAGGCCUACAGGGGUGGAGACCCAGGACAACCCACCAAUCCAGCCACCUCUUAACCGACGGAGCCCUGGAUCCGUUUGGCCAUCACAGAACUGCCUAGGCUCCUGUCUGACCACCUACACAGACCACAUAAA